AUGAUAUAUGUUGUCAAGGGUCACCUUGAUGAGCAAUUUCGUCAGGUGGAGGACUUGCAGGAUGAAGCUAGUCCUAAUUUUGUGGAAGAAGUUGCUGUGUUGUUUUUCAAAGAUUCAGGCAGGCUAAUAUCAAACCUUGAGCAAGCUUUGGAGAAGUACCCCAGAGAUUUCAAUAGGUGGGAUGCAUACAUGCAGCAACUGAAAGGCAGCUGUUCCAGCAUUGGUGCUUCUAGGAUGAAGAGUGAAUGCAUGUCAUUCAAAGAUAACUGUGGGAAAGGAAAUGUUGAAGGUAUCUUUACUACUAUCUGCCGGAAACUGAAAAGCAUGAGAGGAUCUGAUGCUGCUGGAAUAGGCGCUUUUGAUCUUUAUAUAUUACAGAACAUAAAGAAGAUCAGCAAAGGAUGAAAAGCUGACAUAAAAUAUUUGCUGU